CUAAUUCAUGUCCAACCUAAAAUGGGAAAGAGGUGCGAGGACUGGAGAGGAUAAAACGAACAGCAAUGGUUUAGUUUAGGAAUUUUGUUUUAAUCGCAAAACCUCGCGUUUCCAACCCUCUGCAGCAGGUUCUAUUGGCUGAAAAAAAAGAAGUUGCCAAGCAAAGGUGGGAUUGAACCAGCAGCUGGCCUGACUCUGUUAACCGGCAACCAGUAGCAGGGCCACCGAUCCAGCCUCCUGAUUGGCUGUGGAGGAGGAGAGGAGGGGGAAACUGACAAUCGACUGAUUUUGAUUUGCUCCCCUCUUUUUUUUCUUUGUUUUGAGGAGGGGGGAGGAGCAGGUGGACUCAGGCUCUCUGUGUGUUCUAUCUUCCCAGACGAGCAUGGGGCAGAGCGUCCCUGGAGGCAUAAAGACUAUUGACAUGAGGGACCCGGCGUUCAGGCCUCUGAAGCUGGAGUUGGCAGCUUUGGACCACGCCAAGCCGUCCAGGAUGGACCUGCUGCUGGACAUGCCCCCUGCUGGACAGGAGGUCCAGAUGCAGCACUCCUGGAACAACAACGACCGAUCCCUCAACAUCUUCGUCAAGGACGACAACAAACUGGUCUUCCACCGGCACCCCGUGGCUCAGAGCACGGACGCCAUCCGGGCCUGUAUCGGCUACACCCGGGGGCUCCACGUCUGGGAGAUCAGCUGGGCCAUGAGGCAGCGGGGAACGCACGCCGUUGUUGGCGUGGCGACAGGAGACGCGCCACUUCAUUCUGUAGGAUACACAGCCCUGGUGGGUAAUAACCACGAGUCCUGGGGCUGGGACCUGGGACGGAAUAAACUCCACCACGAUGGGAAGAACCAGCCCAGUAAGGCAUACCCUGCAUUCCUGGAGCCGGAUGAGACGUUUCUAGUCCCCGACUCGUUCCUGGUAGUGUUGGACAUGGACGAGGGGACUCUGAGCUAUAUAGUGGACGGACAGUACCUGGGGGUGGCUUUCAGAGGGCUCAAGGGGAGGAAGCUGUAUCCUGUCGUCAGUGCUGUGUGGGGGCACUGUGAAAUACGAAUCCGCUACAUCAAUGGACUCGAUCCUGAGCCUCUCCCUCUGCUGGAGCUGUGUCGGUGCUCUGUGAGGGUAGCUCUGGGCAGAGAACGACUGAGUGACAUCCAUGGUCUGCCCCUGCCGGCCUCUCUCAAGAACUACCUUCUCUACCAAUGACCCCGGGCCCCUGAGCACGACGACAUUGAACAUGCCUCAGAUCCACGGUCUGCCUCAAGAACUACCAAACGGGCUGCCCUGUGCCCUUCACUCACAACACGCGCUGAGUGUCACUGUCCGCCUCUGUCCAUAAUCAACAACUACCGACGACAACCCCGAGGGAUUGUCCUGUCCCCUAACUAGGGAUUGUCCAAUUUGUCCUGUCCCCUAACUAGGGAUUGUCCUGUCCCCUAACUAGGGAUUGUCCUGUCCCCUCACAACCCUCAUUAUGGACACCGAGCACAGGCUCAGAACCACAGCCCACCCCUACAGGCCUCCAUCAAGAACUACCAAUGACCAAGGGAGGGACUGGGUCUGGGACUCCCUCACAACAUCUCUCUCUCUCUGUCCCCUGACUGCCACGUCUGUGCCAUCAGUACAUACACAGAGCACGCCUCAACCCUCGCUCUCCAUCUUUGGGAUGUACCUAUUGAGGGUAAACCAACCAGUUCAGCAACCCAACAUCACUCCAGCCUCUGGGUUUGAACUCUGACUUAUCCUCCCAACCCAGCCCUCGGGGCUCGUUUGCACCAAUCACAUUACACCACAGAGUGAGAAGAACACCAUUGUGUGACGCUCGGCCUGUUCAGGAAGCUAUAGAGACAGUGGUUGGUGAUGGGUCAGGUCUUUUUAGAUUUUUAUAAUCGGCGCACACAAUGCGGGUAGAUUUAGGUAUUGGCGGGUAAGAAGGUAUUUCACCAGCCACGUUGGCGGGUGGUCAGUUUGCAGGGCUCGACAGUGCCAGCGUUACAUUCGCGAAUAAAAAGUCAAAAGUCAAGUAUGCAUGCACAUGUUAGAAAAAUACUGCGGUAGCUGUUUUCAAAGUAUUUCUGCUAUUUUCUACCAUCGCUGCUAAUUGCGCAAAUAAAUCCUAUAUCCAACGUCGCGCAGCAACACUGCCUGGCAGGGGAGCUGAGCUCACUGAGUGAAGUGCUGAUAGAUACAUUUUUGUAGGCGCUGCGCACGGGCAUGAAAGUUAGUCUAAUUUACUUGAAAGUCAACAAAGUGAGACUUUGUCCUCCGUGUUUCUUGGCUAUUUUAAAUUGUUUUGUUCACAAGCUCGGUUGUUUUUCAACUUUAGUUUGAGUCCGCUGCUUAUAACUGAUAGUGAAGAGACGCCAUAAUCAGAUCCCGAAUGUCACACAGACACACGUGACAGAACUCGAGUGGCCCCGUUACUACGGUAACCUCCCGCCCUUAAAGGUGCAGCUGGACAUUUUGUCUCAGAUAUUUUUGAUUUAAAAGACAAAAAAUGAUAUGAAAUGUACUUCUUACUAACACAUUUCUUGUUUUAGAAACAUUACAAAGCAUGGUCAUCUGUUUUUCUUUUGUAAUUAUGGCAAAACUAUUUUGGCUGGUAAAAAAAAAUCUGAGUGGCUGGUAGAUUUUUUUUCUUCUCCCAUCUACCUUGCCACAAUGGCAGGUGGACCCUAACAGUACAUAUUAGGCCCUGUUUAUACUCCUGUUUUUAUGGUUUACUUUAAUCAUAUACUGGGACAUCCACGUCUGUGACGGACAUGACAUGCAGACAGAUGACUUCAAACAGAACUUUGCUGUUCCUGAGGACCAGAGGAUGACUGCCACGGUGGGAUUCCUGUCUGUCUGCUGGUCAUGAGGACCAGAGGAUGACUGCCAUGGUGGGAUUCCUGUCUGUCUGCUGGUCAUGAGGACCAGAGGAUGACUGCCAUGGUGGGAUUCCUGUCUGUCUGCUGGUCAUGAGGACCAGAGGAUGACUGCCACGGUGGGAUUCCUGUCUGUCUGCUGGUCAUGAGGACCAGAGGAUGACUGCCACGGUGGGACUCCUGUCUGUCUGCUGGUCAUGAGGACCAGAGGAUGACUGCCACGGUGGGAUUCCUGUCUGUCUGCUGGUCAUGAGGACCAGAGGAUGACUGCCAUGGUGGGAUUCCUGUCUGCUGGUCAUGAGGACCAGAGGAUGACUGCCAUGGUGGGAUUCCUGUCUGUCUGCUGGUCGUGAGGACCAGAGGAUGACUGCCAUGGUGGGAUUCCUGUCUGUCUGCUGGUCAUGAGGACCAGAGGAUGACUGCCAUGGUGGGAUUCCUGUCUGUCUGCUGGUCAUGAGGACCAGAGGAUGACUGCCACGGUGGGAUUCCUGUCUGUCUGCUGGUCAUGAGGACCAGGAGAUGACUGCCACGGUGGGAUUCCUGUCUGUCUGCUGGUCAUGAGGACCAGAGGAUGACUGCCACGGUGGGAUUCCUGUCUGUCUGCUGGUCAUGAGGACCAGAGGAUGACUGCCACGGUGGGAUUCCUGUCUGUCUGCUGGUCGUGAGGACCACCAUGUAAAGACAAGUGAGACUCCUGUAUGUCUGUCUGUGGGACUCCUGUAUGUCUGUCUGUGGGACUCCUGUAUGUCUGUCUGUGGGACUCCUGUA